AGAUAUUGUGGUAAUGUAUUGGUUACAUUAAGAUCAUAAAAGAUGAAGUUAAAUUAUGCACAAUUACCUAUAAAGAUACAUUAUUUCUUCUUUAUGGCAGCAAUGGGACCAAUUCUCCCAUUUUUACCAGUUUAUGGUAAACAACUUGGUAUUUCCGUAUUAAUCAUGGGUAGCAUUACAGCAAUUUUACCGAUUUUAUUCUUAAUUGCUAAACCAGCUUUUGGUUUUCUUGUAGAUUAUUUUUAUACUUGGAGAAGAACAAUUUUUAUUAUAUUAUUAGCAACAACAAGUAGUUGUUUCAUUUGUAUGUACUUUUUACCAAUAGUUCCAAGACCCAUUUUUCCAGAUCAUAGCUUUAAGAAUGUUACCUGUGAUUUAUUGCCAUAUUGCACACAAAAGGAUAUUUCUAAGCCAUAUUUAUGUACUGGAGUAGCAAAUACUAUGUGCCAUUGGAUUUGUACAGAUAAAAAUUUCUCUACUUUAGUACAAUUUCAAACACCCAAUCAGGAAAUAAAUUUUUCUCCAAAUUCUACUUGUUUAAUUGAUAAAAAUAAUACAUUAUAUUGCUCUAAAAGUAAUAAUUGCAAUGUUAUUUGUGAUAACAUAGAAAAUAAUUAUUGUUUAUAUACAUCUAUAACUUUUUGGAGUUUUGUUUUAUUAAUGUCUCUAGGUAAUAUUGGUUUUAAUGUGUGCAACUGUAUAAGUGACGCAAUUUGUUUUGACGUAUUAGGUGAAGGAGGGCAAAUGAGCUAUGGUAGACAACGUGUUUGGGGAACUAUUGGUUUUGGAAUUUCAGCCCUCUUAGCUGGUUAUGCUGUAGACUAUUGGUCCAAAGAAGAAAUUAUUAAAACAUAUGCUCCUAUUUUUAUACUUAUUUUUGUAUUCACGAUCAUUGACCUAUUUUGUUGUAAACGGUUAAAUUUACCAAUAAUGACAGGCUCAACAAAUAUAUUGAGAGACGUCAUAAAGCUUUUAAAAUUAAAAUCUAUAAUUAUAUUUCUUUGUUUUGCAACAAUUGCUGGCAUUCUUGAUAGUUUUAUGAUCUAUUUUUUAUUUUGGUAUUUGGAAGACCUUGCUAUGGCAACUGGUUACAUGAGAGAAAUUAAAUUAAUAGAAGGUUUAAUCGUUGCCGCAGAAACUUUGGGCGGUGAAGUAAUAUUCUUUUCCUUAUCUGGUAAAAUUCUAAAAAAAUUUGGAUUCGGUUAUACUUUUACAUUCUGUUUUGUAUGUUAUGCCGUACGACUUGGAUUAAUUUCUUUAGCAUUGAAUCCAUGGUGGGUAAUACCAAUAGAGUUGUUUAUGCAAGGACCUACUUAUGCACUUUGUUACACAACAAUUGUUGCCUAUGCUAGUAAAAUUGCACCACCUGGUACAUCAGCUACUAUUCAAGGAAUUGUAGCUGGUAUGGAUGAUGGUUUUGGUUUUGCAAUUGGUAGCUUGGUAGGUGGCAUCUUAUAUAAAUUAUUUGGUGGAGUAAGAACAUUACAAAUAUUUUCAUCAAUUGCAAUUAUAACAGCAUGUAUAUAUUUCAUUUUGUAUAUAAUAUACUUGAAAGAUGUGACACCAGAUACAAAGUACAAUGUAGAAUGGAAAACACCUAAGGAAGCUCAAAUGAAAUGUACUGUUGCAGAGAACUGACAAUGC